UACAAGUACAAGUCAUUUAUCAUUGAACCACCUCAUCAUAUAUAAGUGACACAAGUCUGAUGUGAAGGUGAUAAGCAGUGCCACGUCAGGAACAAAAGCUGUAAUACUACCACUGUGCAAUACAAGGUGGAUAUUGGACUCGUUUUCAUACUUCUGAGAUUGCUGUAAGCAGAGCAUAUUUGGGAUGGCAUCAGGAGGUUUGUUGGAACGGCUAAAAAACGGUGGACAUGUCCUGAUAGCGGAAGGAUAUGUGAUGGAAAUGGAGAGAAGAGGCUAUUUGCAGGCGGGAGGGUUUAUACCGGAAGUUGUUUUAGAACACCCGGAAAUGGUUCAGGGACUACACAAGGAAUUUAUACAUGCUGGAACUGAUGUGGUAGAAGCGUUCACGUAUUAUGGACACAGAGAGAAACUCAGAGCCAUCGGACGCGAGGAUGACUUGGAGAAACUCAAUAGAACGGCUCUGAAAAUCGCACGAGAGGUUGCCAACGAGACGGGGACUCUUAUGGCUGGCGGACUUUGUUGUACUACUGUCUAUGAAGAGGAUAAUUUAGAAACACAUGACAAAGUCAGGUCCAUGUUCAAGGAGCAGGUGGAGUGGGCUGCUGAGGAGGGGGCUGACUACAUUAUAGCGGAGACGAUACAUUCUUAUGGGGAAGCUAAACUAGCACUUGAAGCUAUACAGCAACACGGGAAAGGUAUCCCCGCUGUAGUAACUCUCUCGUGCUUAAUUCCGGACGAGACGAUGGACGGCGUGCCAAUAGCGGAGGCCUGUCGUAAGCUUGAGGAAGCAGGGGCGGCCGUAGUGGGCCUUAACUGUGGGCGUGGACCUAGCACCAUGAUUCCGGCCCUUAGAGAGAUAAGAAAGGCGUGCAAUGGUCCAAUAGCCGCUCUUCCCGUGACGUACAGGACCAAGGAAGAUUGCCGAACAUGGCACUCGCUAAAGGAUCCAGACACGGGAAAGGAUGUGUAUCCAAGAAAUCUGGCGUGCGUAAUGAGCAGCCGGGAUGACAUUCGGGAAUGUGCAGAGGAGGCAAAGGCGAUUGGUGUCAAUUAUAUCGGUCUUUGCUGCGGGAACUCUCCGUUUUACUUCCGAGAGUUGGCAGAGGUGUAUGGUCGGAAGCCGGAAGCUUGCAAAUAUUCACCAGACAUUUCAGUGAAUCUUUUUUUAGGAAAGACUAAUAAAUAUGCACAAAAAUUUAGGCAAUUUGCAAUGUUUGGAAAGAAUUAAAGGCUUUUUAAUCACAAAGAAGAGCAUGCCGAAUUCACGCAUGUCAGUAUGGAUAAGGAAAAUGAAAACUACAAUAAUUUAAUCAAUUCCAAGUUAAAAGCUAUAUUUAGCCAGCCAAUAUUUUUUUUAAAGAAAGUACAUAAUACAUUUAUUUCAUAUCAUAAGAUAUAUUUUUACGUUGAAUAACUAUGUAACCACUGAUAAAUCCUAAUUUCUUAAUU